CUGCAGCCACCGAGAAGCACAGGAAGAGAAAAACGCAGUACAGGUCACUCCGAGAACACAGGUAAAUCAGCCUGUUUACUGACGCCCACAUUCGCUCUCCCAGCAACAGCCUCCAUCACCCCAGUGAAGUUCGUUCCAGUCAGUGGCAGCAGAGAACUGGAAGGAAAGACGACCAAAGAAGGAAGGCUUUGGGAGUGACCAGUGAGAUAUACCUGCUGGAGCGUGUGCUACGAGCAGAAUAAUUCAUCAAGAAUGGGUUGCUUCGGAUUUCUCAAAGUCAUGAUGUUUGCUUUUAAUGGCAUCAUCUUUUUGGCGGGCGCUGCCAUCCUGGGCGUAGGGAUCUGGGUGAAGGUGGACAGCGGCUCGAUCCUGGGGCUCCUCAAGGGGAUAAAAGAUGUUCCAGCGGAGAUGAACCAGAUCCUAAACGUGGGUUACCUGUUGAUUGCUGUGGGGGCAGUGCUGCUGAUCAUAGGUUUCCUGGGUUGCUGUGGCGCCAUGAAGGAGAGCAGGUGUAUGCUGCUCCUGUUCUUUGUGAUUGUGUUGGUGGUGUUCAUUGCAGAGGUGGCUGGAGCAGUGGUUAUCCUGGUGUUUAAACCCUUGGCAGGUGAGUUGAUUGAGAAACUGGGCACCAAAGUGGUUCAGAACAUUAAGAAGGACUAUGGAGAAAAUGUAGACGUCACUGCUCUCUGGAAUGCUACUAUGGAUACGCUAAAGUGCUGUGGAUUCUACAACUAUACAGACUUCACUGGCUCUCCAUUUGAAAUACGCACCCAUCUCUAUCCUCAACAGUGCUGCCACGGUGCUGUUUUCAGCUCCUGUAAUGAUACAAGUGCUACGAUCACUGGCUGCUUCCCAAAGUUUAAGCAACUGAUUGAUGAAAACACUAUUGGCAUUGUGGCAGUGGCAUUGGGAAUCGCUGCCCUUGAGAUAUUGGCGAUGGUUGUCUCCAUGACAUUGUACUGCAUAAUAGGCUCAAAGAGUGACUGAAAACCAGUGGAGGAGGGAGGGCCGUAGAGUCAUCUGCCUGGAUGGCAUCUCUGGACACUCCUUAGGACAACUACCAGGGUGGAUGCAUAACAAUCUCUGAAACAACCAAGGCUGAAGAGAAAUCUAAGGAAGCUUUGUGAUAAGGAGAGGCGCCCCACCACUGAGCCAGUUUAAAUUAAAUCAUGUACAAGAUUAUUGGAUAUGGGAAAUGUCUAUUUGUACUGAAGUCUUUUAUUGUAUUGUAGAAAUAUUUCACCUAAAAAUGAUGCUGUCUUACAUUUAGAUUGAAGCAAUACAUUGCGUCCUAACUCCAUUCCACUCUGCACAGUAUCAUCACGAUUCAUAUUAUAAUAACAUUAUCAAUUCACUGUCAGGACAUAUGUGCCACUUUUUAUAAUUGUAAUAAUUGAUUUUCUACAGAUGCUACAUGCUCUGGAGAAUUAAUAAAAAGGUUGCAACUUGCAACGCUCUGAAAAUAAGUU